UCUCUUCCCCGAUCAAUGUCUAUCUUACCUAUAACCCCCUCCUCUUGAGAUUCACAAGCCAAAAUAAACACAAAUCAAUCAAAGGCCAAGGAAAAGUGUGGUCGCACGCUUAUCCCACGCACCAGGGUCCCUCGCCUCCUCAUCCGUGAACACAACAUACGCCUCGCCUGCAAGGAAAGUACUGUAUUACAACCUGCCACCACCGCAUGCAUCACGACUUGCUCCCUUCCAAAUCUCCCAUUGCCCUCCCACCCUGCCCGUAAGAUGCUGUGCCUCCCACCACCGGAAGCACAACACAACACACAUGCCGCCUCGCCGCCUUCGCCGCCUCGCCAUGGCCAUGUGUCCAUUCCCAUCCCCCUCUGCAGUAUCCCACGCCUCGAAUCAACAUCAACGGAAAGGGGGAACCCCAUCCCAUGCCCAUGCCCAUCCCGAACCCAGUCCAGUCCAGUCCAGCCCAAACACACCCUCAAAGCCCUCCCCCCCAAAAAGAAAAGGGGGCUGCAUGUAGAUAGAUGUAUGUGCUUACCGGAGGCACAUCCGGUGGCACGAAACAACAACAACACCAUCAACAACAACAAACACGAUAAACCAACCGGGGCUGUAGUUGUAAGGAAGCGCAACGCGUGUAACCCAGUGCUCGAGGCCCGAACGAAAGAAAGCGGUCUGCGAGGCGGAAAGGAACAAUUCAUGCGAAAGGAAGGAGGAGGAAGGGGCGCGUGACCAAAGCCACGUAGGACACGUCCUACGCAAGGCUAUC